GAAUUAUCUCACCAUGAUAUAACAGAAGUAGUUAAAGAGAUUCUAACAACAUCAAGAGGUUCAGAAUUUUAUGUCUUAAAACAAGCCGACCUGGACAAUAAUGAUUUGAUCUCAAGCCAAGAUGAAGAUGAUGAAUUGUUUAACACAGACGAACAUGAGAUUGCAACUCCUGGAAUGCAAGAACUGAAAAAAAACAUGGACAUUCCAAAGUCACUGAUCAAUCAAGCCAAAAAAACAAUAAGGCUGAAUUUUCUAGAGCAAUUAGAAGAUUGGCAAGAACAAGCUAUACAAAGAGCUGAAAGUAUUGAACUUGCUAAGUGUGAAGAACUUAACAGUGAGUUAGAUCUUCGUCUUCAUCUUCAUCAGCCACGGCCACGGCGAAUUGAACUUGACGUACAUAAUGUUAGAGCAGCUGAAUUAGUUUUGCAUACUGAAAGAGUAGUUCGACACUGCAGUGGGUUAGAACAAAGCCUAGCAGAACUUCAUUCAAAGUUUAAAGCAAUGAGUGCUGAACACAAUAAACUGGCAUCAAAAUUUCAAUCAGAUAUUCAAGGAUUAGAGACAAUUUUCAUAAGUGCCACUAAGUCAUCCAGAAUUGUUAAACUUCAAAAUCAAGUUUCCUUAGAGCUGGACAAAUAUAUGUCCAUCAUCCGUACUUCUCUACGACAAUUUCGCCAGCAUUUAGAUGUCACCCUACAAAUGUUAAGAGAAUCGAAUGCAAGAUUCAUCAAAUCAUUCAAGAUUUUCUCAGAUGGAGGAAAUUUUUGUCCUGAAGAAAUAGAAGAUUACAGAAAGAAACUUGAAAAAAUGUCUACAUUAAUUGAUACAACUGAAGGCUCAAUUAUGUCUGAACUAGAGGGUAUGGAAUCAAAAAGAUUGGAAAGUGCUACAAAGAUAUCAAUGGAUUUUGAAGACAGGUUUAAAGGUCAUAUGAAUGAUUUAAUAUUUAUGGAACAAACAACAAGGUGGCUUACAAAUACCCAAGUUAAAAUUAAAACUGAGGUGGCCAAUAGCAACAUGCAAGCCCAACAAAUAUUGAAACUUUUGAAUCAGCUUGAAAGCAAAAUAAAUGCUUUUGUUAAACCAAAUCUUGACAAAGAGUUAAUUACAGCAAAUGAAUUAAACAAAUUCAUGAAUGGAGUGUUUGCUAUUUUUAAGAAGCGCUGUGAAUAUCUAGAGGCAGAUAAAUCUUCUUCACGGGCUAUUAAAACAAUCAAAGCAGGAUAUGCUAAUGACGGAAAUAUUUUAGUAAAUAAACCUAGUAAACUAUCAGAUGAUCCAACUGUUGGUCUCAUUAAAAAUAUACUGAACUGUAUACAAGUAAAUGGAUUAAAAUUCACAGAAGAAUAUUGGUCACAAAGAAAUAAAAUCAAAUUGGAAAAUGAUGCUGAUUCUGAUGGCAAUGAUAUCCAUAAAGAGAAACCAAAGUCAGCAAUGUCUGAAGUUUCUAGUAAAGGAAGUGAUACCAAUAUUCAAAAGCUUACAGCAAAGAAUGCAGUGGAUGUUCCACGAAGGCUUAGCGCAAGUAAACUAGACAAACAGCAGCGGUUAACUGGAGAUGAGGAAGAAGUUACAGAUUUAAGUUGCAUUCCUUUCCUUGAAGUUGCACACAAGUGUUUGAGCAAUGCAGAGGAGUCUCUAAAAACCAUUUCUGAGUUAUUUUAUCUUCAGAAGGGAGCUAGGCCAGUCACUCGACCUCAAGCUGUUAAAGAAACAUUUGAAGAGUGUAGGGACUUAAUACAGCAAAAAAUAUUGUCCUUUGGUAAACAGGUUGACGAAUAUCAUAACCAGUGUUUGCAAGAAUUUAGAGAUCAGUUGAAGAAACUGGAAGAAUUAUGUUCUGUUGUACCAGGAAUUGUGUUCACUGAUUUCUUGCAGCAGGAAAUUAAAAAACUAAGAAUGGCUCAAGAAGAAUUUAUUUCAAAGUAUAAAUCUAUUUUUCACCAAAUGACUCUCAGAAAGGAUUCAAAUAAAAAUGAGCUCAGACCUACUCUGGGUCAUCCACAAUUUACAAAUGAUUUAGCAACACUAUGUGCAUUAGAACAUGAACGAUAUCUGGAUUUCACAGAAACUGUAGCUAAAUACACUUUGGAAAGACAGGAAACGGCUUUGGAGAAUUCCAAAGUAUUUUUAGACAAUUUACAACAAAUAGUUCAACAUCAGCUACAACAGUAUGAUGAAAUGAUUGUGGUUGAUGACAUUAAAAAAGGAAGAGUAGCCUUUAAACACCAGCCAACUACUGAACUGAUUAGACGAAAACAAGCUGGAGAACAAUAUGAUGCUAGUGAAGAAAAGGAUAUUCAGCCAAAAGGAAAAGCAACAUGGAUAGGUAUCCCCAGUAACCAAUUUUUUACUGGGAAGGCACCAAGUAAACUUUUACUUACAACCACCAUAGUCACUCAAAAAACAACAAUGGCUCAUCAUGCAGUAAUCCAAGCAAGAGAUGUAGCCUUUGAGGAAUACAAAAAGCAGUUUGAGAGGCUUCUUCAAGAAAUUGAAACCAACAAAGAGAAACUUCUUUUUACAGAGAAGCAGUGGGAAGACUCUUGGAAUUUAUCUGUGGAAAAAGUAAAAUACCUGUAUACAAAAGCAAAUUAAGGAAUCCCAAAAUAUGUUCCUUUUCAUAUCAACUGAUAGUCUGAUAUGAUUUGUUUUAUCAGUUCUCUAAAUGUAAAGCCCAUAAAGUUUUCAAAUAAGACUAUCAAUAUUAAACAAGGAGGCUGGGGGCACUCUUAUUAUGGUUAAGAUUAACCUGUUGAUGGGUGAACUACUAAACACAUUAACUAUUUAAAAAUGAUAUUUAAAACAUUUUUAAUGCUGUUAAUUAAGGGGGUAUGCGCAGCAAUGAAAUCAUCAAAAUCCUAAUUUUUUUAUCAUUAUGGGUUUCUUUCAAAUUUGGAAACUUUGUCCAUUUUUUGUAUUACAAAAAUAAUACUUUUAAUGAGAGAAUUUUUAAAAUGUGUUUAAAAUACAAUUUUCAUCACCCCAUUAAUUAAAAAAUCUUUUUUUUUUCAAAUCUUACACGUUCAUAGUUCAAUAUUCUUCAUCAUAUUGUAUUUGAGACCUUUAGAAAGCUGGGUGUCUCAUAUAUUUGUUAAUCGUAUUUUCCGUCAUCGCAGAAACACCCUAAGAUAUUAAUUGGCUUUACAAAUUACACAGUAAUGGUAUUUUCGUUAACUGCUUUCCGUUACUUUUGGCUUUUAUUUCUCAUUUAGCAGUUUUUAACUUUAAAAAGCCUACUUUUUUUUUAUUAUUCCCACAAAUUUUUUCAGCAUUUUUUCUUCAUUUGAUAAUAAAACUUUUAACUCGAGGGAAGUGGAAUAGCUUUCAUGAAAAAAGUUUGUGAAAAAAAAAUAUGCACAUUUUUUAACUUUUGCAUACUAAAAAAGUACAAUUUUUCGGACCUUGUAGAAUUCCGACCAGUAGAUCUAUUAAAAAGUUGUUUUAAUAGUUUUAAUAUGUAAUGGAAUAUAAGCCGUGUAAAUUUGAUUACCUUAAGUGCAUAAAAAUAAAGCCUUAGCGUCAGUGGCGUAGCGAGGUCGGGUGUCACCCGGUGCGGCACUUAAUGGUGUCACCCCCUCAGAGGCGUAGCGACUCUUCCCAGGGACAAACUUUCAAUUUUCGAUUUGCACCCCCCCCCCCCCUUCGAACUUUCGAUUUGCACCCCCCCCCCCCUCAAUUUUUUUCUCUAUAUAUUUUACUAUUUUGUGCCUUGGUGUCACCCCAGUGGCGCAGCGAGGUUGGGUGUCACCCCCCAGAGGCGAAGCGACCCUUCCCGGGACAAAUUUUCACCCCCCUAAAUGGUGUCACCCGGUGCGGUCCGCACCCCCCGCCCCCCCUCGCUACGCCCCUGCUUAGCGUUUUUAAUACUAUCGAAAAAUUCAAAGGUAAAAGUAUUUAAAAGGCUUCAGGUCUUAAAUCUUAAAAAUAUAGUAGAAACACUGAACAUAUCCCCUUAAAGAUGGUAAAAAUUUAAUUUCUCAUUUUCCACCUUAGGGUAAAUAUAUUUUACUGAUCUUAAUGCUGCAAAAGAAUUAUAAAAAAUAAUAAAAC